AUGUCGAGAUUAGAAGCGGAUGUUGAGGAGUUGAAGGACGAGGUGAAAACCUUCAAUAUUCAUCAUCUCAUGGUCGGAGAAUUUGGCGUUUAUACUAUAUUUACCGAGCUCAGGUCUGAACUUUGUUACUCUGCUUUGCUUCAGAGUAGCAAGGAAGAUGACGAUCACGCAGAUGGACGAGAUGGUCAAGAAGGUCGAGUCGGGGAACGAAUCAUUGAUCAGGUCGUAGUGCAAGAUGAGACCACGGGCGUCGACGGCUGAGAUCGUAGAACCUUCG